UGAAUAUGCGGCCUACUUCACAAGGGUUAGAAUAGGAGUGACCAAUCCAAAGGGCUUGGAUUGAAUUGGUUCGGCCCAAUUUGCAAGGCACUUAUAGAAGCUCAAGCAUUCCGCCCGCGCGCCAGCGUUAAAGAUACAAAAGCACACAGAAACAGCGACCGGCAAGCAAAUCUAACAACUCCAACUGCGGUUGCAGCUCUCUUGUCUGUUUUAACCUCCAAGCAAAUUCCGCCGUUUGAAAUAAGAGUAACUCUGCUGAGUCUUAACAAAUAGAGGCACUGACCAUAUAUUUAUGCUUCGUUGCUUUGCUUUAAAAGUUCAAUCAAGCAAUAGAAAUGCGUUCAAUUAGAAUUAUAACUUCAAACUUAAGGAAAUUUUCGAUUCUAGCUUCUACCCGUCUCAUUUCAUCACACAAAAGGCCAACCCACAUUGCAAUUUCAACCGUUGAAACCACUGUGACGUGGCCUUUUGAUUCCAAGUUUUCAGUCGCUUUCUCUUCUUUCUCUUCCUCAGAUCUUGAAAUCCCAAUUGCACAUAAAAUUUCCAUUAGCCAAGGGGAAUGUUCCAGUGACAGUGAUCUUAGUGACUCCAAUGAUGAUGAUGACAUUACACAGUUGAAUUUGAGAGAUGCUGGUUUUGUUAAAGACGUAAUGACCAUUGUGAAUAUAUUGAAUCAACUGGGUGACAAUCGUGUGGAAAUGAAGAACAAGAUUGAGCAAUGUGGCGUUAAGGUCUCACAGGAGUUGGUACUGGAGGUACUGUCUAGAGUGAGAAAUGAUUGGGAGGCAGCAUUUACUUUCUUUCUGUGGGCUGGUAAGCAGCCAGGUUAUGUCCAUGCUGUGCGUGAAUAUCAUUCUAUGAUUUCUAUUCUUGGUAAAAUGAGAAAGUUCGACACUGCAUGGUCAUUGAUCGAUGAGAUGAGAGGGGUUAAGACCGGUGUUUCUCUUGUUGUACCACAGACUUUGCUUAUUAUGAUUAGAAGAUAUUGUGCAGCGCAUGAUGUUGGUAGGGCUAUAAACACUUUUCAUGCAUUUAAGCAGUUUAAAUUUGAUUUGGGUAUUGACGAGUUUCAAAGUCUUUUAUCUGCUCUUUGCCGCUACAAGAAUGUGCAGGAUGCUGAGCACUUGAUAUUUUCUCAGAAAGAUGUCUUCCCAUUUAACACAAAGAGUUUUAAUAUUGUGCUUAAUGGGUGGUGUAAUGUGAUUGGUAGUCCUCGUCAAUCAGACAGAAUAUGGAGGGAAAUGUGCAGGAGGGGUAUUCGAUAUGAUGCUGUGUCUUAUGCGAGUAUCAUAACUUGCUAUUCAAAGGCAGGUAAUCUUUAUAAGGUGCUCAAGCUGUACAACCAGAUGAAUGAGAUGAGGAUUGAACCAGAUAGGAAGGUUUACAAUGCUGUAAUCCAUGCUCUUGCAAAAGCUGGACAUGUGAAGGAAGCUAUCAAUCUCAUGAAAACAAUCGAAGAUAAAGGUAUUGCACCUAAUACUGUCACUUACAAUUCACUGAUCAAACCUUUAUGCAAGGCAAGAAAAGUAGAUGAGGCCAGAGGAGUCUUUGAUGAGAUGUUACAGCGUGGCCACACUCCAACUAUACAAACUUAUCAUGCCUUCUUUCGUGUUCUAAGGACAGGGGAAGAAGUUUUUGCACUCUUGGAGAAGAUGAGAAAGAUGGGUUGCCAGCCAAUUACUGAUACCUAUGUCAUGUUGAUUAGAAAAUUUUGUAGAUGGCGGCAGUUUGAUGAUGUCUUUAAGUUGUGGAAUGAAAUGAGUGAGAAUGGGAUAGGUCCUGAUCGUAGCUCAUAUAUUGUGCUGAUACAUGGGCUCUUCUUAAAUGGAAAGUUGGAGGCAGCCUACAAAUAUUACACAGAUAUGAAACAAAAACAAUUAUUGCCAGAACCAAAGAUAGAUGAGAUGCUCCGUACUUGGUUAUCGAAUAAACAAAUAGCUGAAUGUCAGAUGACAGAAUCAAAAGGUGAUCAAUCGAAUUUUAGUCAAUUAGGUGAGCAAAACGGAGCCAUCCCUAAGAGAAUUAAUUAUGAGAAAGAUUUUAUCUGACAAACUGAAAAUAGAACAGUUGUGAGAUUGCGAGGAUUUUCCUUUUGGGAGCAACAGGUUCUCAUGUCAUAUUAAAUCUCAACAGCAGGUGGUUUGUGUAUUUAACAACCUACAGAUUAUAAUGUCAUUCAUCAAAUGCUUCCUGAACACAUACAGGUGCACUAAAGUUUCUGUUCUAAUUUAUGAAUAAAGGAUGCCCUUAGGUUAUUCAAUUAUUAAAGAACUUAUGCUUUUUGAAUCGUAUUAUUUAUAUAACUUUCUUUUUGUAAUAUGUUUUCAUAAAUCAUAGUAUACAAGAUAUUUGGUGCAUGUAAUGCAUUUGCAA